AGAGACGUACUUUUGAUGCAGCCCGCUACAUGAAAUGUCAGGGUUCCUGUGGAUGAGCUGUUCAGCAAACCUUUGAUGAGAAGCACAUUAAGGACUGAAGAAAGAAGCCAAAGGAAACGAUUUUUUAAAAGGGCCUUUACAAAAGAAAAAUAUCCCCCCAAAAUAAAGGAUCAUGAAGGCAACAAGACUGACCUGGUUAAUCUUAAUUGCUAUCGUGGGAGCCACGGCAAGCAAGCCACAGGAAUUUGAAGACAACGAAGAGGGCACAGAGCAAGAAUUCAUUUACAUGAAUAGGUAUAAGCGGUCUCCCGAUACACAGGACAAAUGCACUUACACCUUUAUUGUACCUCAGCAGAGAGUGACGGGUGCCAUUUGUGUCAAUUCAAAGGAGCCUGAGGUGCUACUUGAAAACAGGGUGAAUAAACAAGAAUUAGAAUUACUUAACAACGAACUUCUAAAGCAAAAGAGGCAAAUAGAGACUCUUCAGCAACUGGUGGAGGUAGAUGGUGGGAUAGUAAAUGAGGUUAAACUCUUAAGAAAAGAGAGUCGAAACAUGAACUCUCGGGUCACACAACUGUAUAUGCAGCUGCUGCACGAAAUCAUCCGCAAACGAGACAAUGCAUUAGAACUUUCCCAACUUGAGAAUAAGAUACUGAAUCAAACUGCUGACAUGUUGCAGCUUGCAAACAAAUACAAAGAUUUAGAGCACAAAUACCAACACUUGAUGACAAUUGCCAAUAAUCAGUCUAUAAUUAUUGCACAACUGGAAGAACACUGUCAAAGAAUGCCAUCCACAAAGCCAAUACCCCAGCCUCCCCCCCCACCAAACAGAGUGUAUCAACCUCCCACUUACAACCGUAUCAUUAACCAAAUAUCUACCAAUGAGAUUCAGAGUGACCAGAAUUUAAAGGCUCUACCACCAACUCUACCAACCAUGCCACCAGUUACAAGUAGUCCAACUUCAACUGAUAAACCAUCUGGACCAUGGAGAGACUGUCUGCAAGCUCUGGAAGAUGGCCAUGACACCAGCUCCAUCUAUCUGGUGAAACCUGAAAAUACAAACCGACUUAUGCAGGUGUGGUGUGACCAACGGCAUGACCCCGGUGGUUGGACAGUCAUUCAGAGGCGGCUCGAUGGAUCAGUUAACUUUUUCAGGAACUGGGAGACGUACAAGCAAGGAUUCGGUAACAUAGAUGGAGAGUACUGGCUGGGUUUGGAAAAUAUUUAUUGGCUAACAAACCAAGGCAACUAUAAACUGCUUAUAACAAUGGAAGACUGGUCUGGUCGAAAAGUAUUUGCUGAAUAUGCCAGUUUCCGACUGGAGCCGGAAAGUGAAUAUUACAAGCUGAGACUGGGCCGUUACAAUGGCAAUGCUGGCGACUCUUUCACUUGGCACAACGGGAAGCAGUUCACCACUCUGGACAGAGACCAUGAUGUAUACACAGGUAACUGUGCUCAUUACCAGAAAGGAGGCUGGUGGUACAAUGCCUGUGCUCACUCGAAUCUUAAUGGAGUCUGGUACCGGGGAGGACAUUACCGCAGCCGAUACCAAGAUGGUGUUUAUUGGGCUGAGUUCCGGGGGGGCUCAUACUCACUAAAAAAAGUUGUUAUGAUGAUCAGACCGAACCCCAACACAUUCCACUGAUUUGUUUUCCCUUCUCUUAACUUCCCUUUAAGACGGAACGAUGAAAUAUCAGCAGUAGCUGCACGCGCCAUCUGGAAGACAGGCGACCCUCGCCAUUUGCGGGGGAUACGACAACGUAUCCCCCGUGAAUGGCGAAAUCCACGGACGAGGCACUGCGUUCAUGAACGCCGUGUGCGUUCAUGCACUUAGUGCCUCCGGCGGCUGGGGGGGCACGGCUCCUCUGGUGACGGUGGGAGCGGCAAGCGCAGCGCUCCCGAGGAGCUCCUUUAAGUGUAUUUAAGAAGCGGGUUCGGCAUUUGCAAAUAUUUGAAACUGCCAAUGCCAAACCCACGAAUAGUGAGGGUUUCCUGUACAUCUUUUCAACUGCAAGGAAUGUAAGAGAUUGUAUAUUUACUGAUACAGUUUGAGGACUUGUAUAUUGUAUUUUCAAGAAUCAUUCCAGCAACACACUACAGAACUUGCAGAACACCUCUCUUUGUGACAAAAUUAAUUUAGGUUCUUGCUUUUAGAAUUGGCAGUUGAGACGGACUGUAGAUAACCUUUGUUUUUUAUUUCCUGUAAAUUAAGUUUUGAUGAUUAAAAUUCUGCCACAAUAACUAAAUAUUUUUGUAUGUUAUAUUAUGUAUAAAUAUUCUCGAAUGCAGGAGAUACUACAAACUGUACAGCAAGAGUUUUUAUUAUUAUUGAUAGGAAUCAUUUGACACGGGAAACUGCAUCCUUUGAAACUAGAUAGCUGGUACAUGUACUGUAGGACAUUAGUGUGAGUAUUCCUAAUUUAAUCUCUGUUAACUGUUGUCAUGAACAAAGGGAGCAGCAGCGAUUUCAGUUUGUGAGCAGGCACCCAAACAGUUACCACAGAUCAAGGCAGUCUGCUACACUCACUCCAAGCUGAUCUUUCAUUCAAGGAAGGGAAAUCAGUGUUGCUACGCAGAACUGCUGACUGUACAUGCAUUUGGAAAGGUAACCAGAUUUGUAACGGCUGUUGUACCUCUCAGCCAACGCCAAGAACUGUGUCACAUAAAACAAGAGCCUCUGGGUGUUUAGAGACAUGUGUUGCGGGGAGGAGGCGCUUUAAUUAGAGCGGUUCCAAGAGCUGCUCUAAAUAAAGUGCCUGGAGCAUCAUGCGUAGCAGUCUCGUCAUGCUGGAAAACGGUGCCGGGGGCGCUUCAUUGAACGAGCUUUAGUUAAAGUGCCCCAGCUGCCAUUUUUCAGCGUGGGGACACUGAUACACAUGACACGCUGUAAUUACAGUGUGUUGGAACAGCCUCCCUGCACAUGUAUAGGUGCCCUAUAUUUUUUUUAAUUAAAUUUGAGUCAUUUAAUUCAUUACCUAAGUCAACCAAACCUAAGUCAUUACCUAUUGUGUAGCCACUACAAUCAGAAAAUGGCUGGACACAAACUAAAGUGGCUAUCCAGCUUUGCAGGCAAGUGGCAGAUAUUGGUACAGCACCUAGUUAGUGUCUCUAGCCACGAGAUGAACAUUCUAGAAAGUAACUAUUUGUAACCAAGAACAACUAUAUUUGCCAUAUGUUACAAUUCCUACCACGUAUACUGUUUGCCAAUGUAUUGCACAAAGUUAUUCACCUAUAUUUAUAAAUGACCGACUUGGAAAUUUUAGUAUUCUGCUGAGGUAGGUUUCUAGAGUUGAUUAUAUAGCACACGUUGCAAAUUAGAAACUACCAUGAAAACCAUAACAUUUAGUGAAAGAAUGUAUGAUAAAACAGUUCAAUGUGCUUGAUGAUAAGCCUGUGAGAUUUUCACUGAGUAUGUAUGUGUGCGUGUAUGCUUUUUCCCCUUAUUACCUCAUCGUUUCUUUACAAAAUGUACGAUAUGCAUUAAACUGACAUUUGAUGUAGCAUGUGUUGUAUAUAAAUGAAAGUAGGGUCUUAAUAUAUUAUCAGAAUAUCUUUGUAAUAUUGCAAAUCUGUAAUAAAGCAACAACUGCUAUUUUGAUGUA